AAUUUGGUACACAACAGGGCAAAUUAAAAAUCAAAAUUCAUUUUCAGCACUUGGUCGACAUUUUCUGAUUUUAGAAACUAAGUUGAUAUGAGUUUUUUUCCCACUAUUAUGUCUCAUAUUAUGCCGCGUUUCUGUAGCUUAGAGGGUCUAGUUUAUUACUUGAUUUACAAUUUUUUGAAAGAUUUUAGGUAUUUUAAGUAAUUAAGUGAAAAUGUAAUACAUGCAGAAUGGUCUAAUUGCGACCCCCAAAAUGUUUCAAUUCGGACCGUCUAUUUCCACCAUUCACCACGGUAAAGCUGUCGCGCAUGCGUGUAGUGGUGUGGAAGUGUCUUUCUCACACAGACCGCGCUGUGUUUUGAUUUCGGAAAAAUCAAUAUUUUUUCACGUUUAUUGAAAGUUUUUUCGCAGUGAAAAUGUUCCUAAAGCCAAAGGGGAGUGCAGUUAGUGUAAUUUACGCAUUCCUCAGAAGAAUUUUCGUAGAUUUUCUGCGAAUUACGUCAGUGAGUGCGCAAUUGUCUGUGUGUGUGUGAAAUUCCGUGUAAUCACCUCAAGGGCGAAAUGUCAAAACAAAUGUGGGGAAAAUUGAAAAUAAAUUCUUGAUUUUCCGGCUUUUCCGUGUAAUUCAUGGCAGUUUUCCUAUUUAUAGUAGUGAUAAAAGUGACCUACUAGUGAAAAACCAACAAAUUACGGCAAAAAAAGGGGGUCGCAAUUAGAACACUCGGGGGGUCGCAAUUAGAACACCGUGGUGAAAAAGUGCAAUUUUAGCACCUUUUUUUAAUUCGACUAUUACUCAGAACAGGUAAGAAUUAGAAUGUUUGCAUCUAUAGAACAAAGUUAGCCUAUUAAAUGACCUUUCCAAUGGUACCAAACUUGGAAAGAUUUAAUUCAUUUUAAUAUGACUUUUUUCAAUCCUUCUGAAACAGAAUUUAGGGGGUCGCAAUUGGGCCACGUUCCCCUAAAGACAAAUCAAAGAAUAGGUAUUCAUAUUUAAUCAAAUAAAUUGAUUUUAUUCAAUAUGAAAUAAAUCAAAACAUUUUCACAAUUUAACACAAUUCCAUAGAAAAGUAUAAUUCCUUUUCAAACCAUAAGUUCUCGUUGAUUAAAAACAAAAAUUAUUUAGUUGGUAAUCACCUCAACCACAAAUAACUUUGCCCCCAAAGCACUAGGCCUUUGUUGAGGCAAUAAAAUAAACACUUCAAAAAUAAAAAUGUAAUUCCUUUGAAGAAUAAAUAAACAUUUUCUUAAAAUAGAUCCCCCCAAUCUCCUUAUAUGAGAAGAAUAAAUGAUUAGUUGGAUGCGUUGGAUGAGUUUAACACAUUUACGACUUCUUGGAAGUUCAAAUUAAAAUUCAAAAACAAGAAAGAAUAAUUUCAACAAAAAUAAAAUUAAAAGACAGGAAGGAUUCUUUUUUGGUUAACCCUUUGAGGGGGGAUUUAAACAUUUUAGUUCAGUCAAAGUUGUCGCUUUUUUCGGAAGAAAAGUUACUAUUUUUGCAUCUUUUGCAAUCACAAAAAGACAUCCUUAAUUAUAAUGUUAAAAGAAAAUAAGAAAUGAAAAAUAAUAAAAUAUUGAUAUUUUUAGAGCUAAAAGAAGCCAAAAGAAAUCCAAUCAUUAAAGGAGCAAUAAAUAAUACGAUUUUAGGUGAAAAAAUUAAUUAAAAAGCUCUCAUUUUCAAAAUGUUCUUUUAAACUAGACCGACUAGACCUAUUUUUUUUUAAAUUGAGCUUAAGUUUCCGAAGUCAUGCUGAGGUAGGGUUAAGUGCAUUCUAGACCUAACCAGUUUUAAAUAUUGAAACCUUAAAAGCUUCAUAUUAAACAAUUGUAAGGGAAAUUGUAUAAAACAAUUUGUAAUAACUUAAAAAGCCUGAUUGAAGUCUAACUUAAGAAACAAAGCUAAGCCGUUUAUUAAGCUAUGCUUAUUUUUUUUAAGCCAAACCUUAGUUUCUUUAAGUUAGACUUUUAAGACGCAUUCAGACUCAGUUCAACCUGACCUAACCUUGAAAUUUUAAAAGCCUGACCUUAAAAAAACUUAAGUCUAGUCUACAUCAAAAGGCCUUGCUUAAAAAUCUUAGGAUUGACUUUAAAAACUUAAACCUAGUUUGACAAAGAAAAUAUGUCUGUUCUUUAUUCUGGUUUUAAAAAACUCAGAUCUGACUUAAGACGAUUUUUCUUCAUAGCUGAAAAAAAUCGAAACUUCCUAAAUUAUUCAAUUUCCGUUUUUUAUCUUAAACCGUGUGAUCCUGAUAAAUUAAUCCUAAACCCUUAAAAAAAAUUCCUUUCUCGGGGGAAAGAUGAAAAUUUUCCAAAUACUAAAACCCUUUAAAGGAAAAACAAAUGGAGAAUCUCUUGGGGUACACUGAUAAAAAUGAAUUGUACUAUCGGGUGUCCCACUUUGGUGUGUGCGCGGAGGGUAAUCACACCUUGUGGGGUUAAUAAGUGCCGACACCUUCGCACGCGAUGACGUCAAGUGGCGCUCUUGCCGUAUGUCUCACAUUAUUCUCAAGAAAAUUCCAUAUGUAAUACAGACUAAAAAGAAAAUAAAAAAAAAAAAAACAUUCCAUUCCUCCUCUUCUUGCUAGAAAGACUUCCAAAUGGGUCUCGAAAGAAGUGCGAAUGAGAUGGAGAGGAAAUUCUUUAACCCAUUUGUGUGGUGCGGUUACACACAGGCAAAUAUCUUCCAGUGUAUUAGACUUUGGAAAAUAAAUGUUAAAUUAAAAUCUCCAUAAUAUUGUCUGGGUGUAUUUGUGAGAAAAACGAAUUGUGACGAUUUGGUUUGUAAUAGGGUAACGUAGAGUUGUGAGAGAGAGAGAGAGAAAAAGCACGAUUUUCAAGCUCUCUGUGUGAUUUUUCAUAUGGGGGCGACUUUACGGACCUUUCUCACAUUUAAUCAUAUUGAUGUGGUGGAGAGAUGGCGCUCGUUGGAUUUUUUUCUUCAUUUACUUUUACGUUUUAUCGUAUGGAUUUGGCUCUGGAAAUGUAUUUGCUAUCCCCACGACUAUAUACAUACGGCUUUGCUAUAUACAUGGGAGGGUUUUUUUCAUGCGUGGUUGUGUCGUAUACAACACACUGAAAUACCCGCUAAAAGCAUACAAAUUUUACUUUCAAUCAACAGGUUUGCAGGUUUAGUCUCAACUUGAGUGUCGAAUCAAAUUGUUGCGUUUUCUCCUCCAUCACACAAAACUGUUAUUUUAUCAAGUAGUUGCAAAGUGUUUUUUCUUCUUCUUCUUCUAAGACUUGGAGGGUCUCCAUUUACAAUUAAUCGCGGAAAAACCAAUUUCCUCCGUUUCUGUUUUCCUGAAUUUUCCGUCCAGACUGGAAUUUGUUUUCUGGUUUUACAAAUAAACAAAAAAAAAGUUGGUGCUAGUUCUUGAAGAAAAGACAUUUAAGUGCUUGCUAAUCAUCAUUAGGAGAACUAGCAGCAACGUAGUAUAGAAUUGUAAUGAAAUCAACAGAGAAAUAACGAAAAAAAAAACGAGAGUGUAAACCAAAUAUUUAUCAAUGAAAUGAUAAAAGAAAUAUCGUGAACUAAAAAAGCCCCAACAUCACCCCAAAUCAAUCAACAAUCGCAAUAAAGGUGUGAGGAAAUAUUAAAUUAGGUACACAAAGUUCCACUUCUUAAAGAGAAAGAAAGAAGGAAAAAGAAAGAAAAUCAAAUUGUAAAGAAAAAGUUCUUUUUGCGUGUGAAACCCAUGUGCCAUUUGAGGGAGGUGAAAAAGUGAUAAAAAAAAGAGGAAUGUCAACGCAAAUUUACUACAAGGAUCGCCUGGGAUUCGAUCCGCGUGAAGAUGUAAUUGAUAAUGUACCAAGGAGUGGACAUAAGGCAAAAUUACACGAUGGGAGUCCCUUCAAGGAGGAUAGUCCGCCAAAGAGACUCAAAGACCAACAUGGCGGCUAUGAAGAUGCUCUGACACAAUUUAAAGAUGAACGCGACGCAAUACAGAAGAAAACCUUCACAAAAUGGGUCAAUAAACACCUGAGCAAGGCUGGAAAGAGGAUUCAUGAUCUCUUUGAGGAUCUUCGCGAUGGAAGGAAUUUGCUCACACUCCUCGAGGUGCUAUCCGGAGAGAAUCUGCCACGUGAAAAGGGAAAUAUGCGCUUUCACAUGCUUCAAAAUGCUCAAAUGGCGCUAGAUUUUCUCCGGUAUAAGAAAAUUAAAUUGGUCAACAUACGUGCUGAGGAUAUUGUCGAUGGGAAUCCAAAAUUAACUCUUGGACUUAUUUGGACAAUCAUUCUCCAUUUCCAGAUAAGCGAUAUCGUUGUUGGACACGAUGACAAUCUAACUGCCAAGGAAGCACUGAUGCAGUGGGCUAGGAAGUCCACAGCUCGGUAUCCGGGAGUGAAGAUAAGUGAUUUCACAUCAUCAUGGCGCGAUGGUUUGGCCUUUUCGGCCAUUGUGCAUCGCAAUCGUCCGGAUAUACUCAAUUGGCGCGAAGCAAAGGCCUCCCGUCCGCGGGAACGUCUCGAGACGGCCUUCCAUGUGGUUGAGAAGGAAUACGGGGUGACACGUUUACUGGAUCCGGAGGAUGUUGAUACAAAUGAACCCGAUGAGAAGUCCCUGAUUACGUACAUUAGUUCACUGUACGAUGUAUUCCCGGAGCCACCGGCAAUGCAUCCGCUCUAUGAUACCGAUGCUCAGCGCAGGAUGCACGACUACAAGGAGGCAGCGCAGGAAUUUCUGUAUUGGUGCAAAGAGAAGACAUCCCUGCUGCAGGAACGUGUCUUUCCGGCAUCGUUGAUUGAGCUGAAGCAAUUGCUUGCGGAUCUGCAUACAUUCCGCACAGAGGAAGUGGCCCAGAAGCAUCAGGAUUUGUCUAAUCUCAAUGUAAUCUAUGAGCAGCUGAAAAAGUACUUUGAGGCCGUGACAGAGGAGGAAAUUGACGUUGCGUAUCGCCCAAAGGCACUAAACAGUGCCUGGGAUCGUCUUAUGCGUGCCCUUGGGGAUCGUGAGAGGCAGCUGCAGCAGGAAACGGAUCGUCUUGAUAGCUAUGAUCGUUUGGUGGAUAAGGUAUUCCGGGAGAUAAAGAGGAUUGAUUUUAAAUUAACCGACAUUGAGUCACGAAUUGCCAAGGAGAGUCGUAAUCUCGAUAGGGUGCAUCCGAUUGAUGCGAAAAAUAUUGUGGAGAGUAUUGAGACGGAUUUGCGGCAUUUGGAGCAACCAUUGAAUCAAGUUAGUAGCGAUGUGAGUGUCCUGGAGAAUUCCAAUUGCCCGGAAGCGCGUGAGCUGCGCAAAGAGGUGAAUAAGUUGUGUCAGCGUUGGUCACAAAUUCGGGCAACUUUCCACACAAAUAUGGUGCAGAAGCUCGCUGGGUUGAGCUAUCCGAUUCAGGAGACAACGGUCACAAGGCAAACACGAACUGUGCUGGAGACACGUCAAGUUGAUACAAAUCCGUAUUUUAGGGAUCUGCAGGAGUACACGGAGUGGUGUCAGAAUAAACUGAAGAAGCUCCUUGCAGCGGAAUAUGGGACGGAUUUGGCAACGGUUAAGAGUGAAUUGCAUAAACAUCAGCAGGAGCAUAAGACAAUUGAUCAAUUCCACUCGAAGAUUGUCCAUGCGGAGCGACAGAAGAAUAAUUUCUCCGGGGAUGAGUACUCACUGUAUGUGCAGCGUCUCAAUCAGCUGCAAAAUCUCUAUGCAGACCUCCUGAGUACAUCAACGAAGCGUCUUUCGGACCUUGAUGCCCUUCAGGAUUUCCUCGUUGCGGCAACGAAUGAGCUGAAUUGGCUGAAUGAGAAGGAAAGGAUUGAGAUUAAUCGUGAUUGGGCGGAUAAGAAUCUCGAUCUGUCGUCUGUUCAUCACUACUAUGAGACUCUCAUGUCUGAGCUGGAGACGCGUGAGAUGCAAUUUGCGGAUAUUGUUGAUCGUGGGGAGAAGCUUGUGUCACAGGCACAUCCAGCAGCUAAAUGUAUUGAAGCGCACCUAAGUGCGUUGCAGUACAAGUGGUCGUGGCUCCUACAGUUGACGCUUUGCCUUGAAAUUCACCUGAAGCACGCUUCGGAGCAUCAUGCCUUCUUCCAGGAAGUCAAGGAGGCAGAAAGUUGGCUCGUUAAGCAGGAAGAGCGUCUCAAUAGCAAAUACAGUCAAACGGAAUUUGGUCUGGAUGAGGGAGAAGCUCUCUUGCGGGGAAUGCAAGAGCUCCGGGAGGAAUUCAAUAACUACGGAGAUGUCGUUCAAGCACUCAUUCAGCGUUCUCACACCAUUGUGCCCCUACACGAGAGGAAACAGAGUGUCCUCCAACCUAAACCCGUCCAUUCCAUUUGUUCCUACAAACAGGGACAAGUUUCCAUUGAUAAGGGUCAAACACACACCCUCCUCGAUACAUACGGGCGUGUCAAGUGGCGCGUUCAGGUGCGCGGGACUGAAGCUCUCGUCCCCGGGGUUUGUUUCACACUCCCACCGCCCAAUGCGAAGGCAAUUGAGGAUGCUGAGCGGCUGAGGAAGCACUUUGAUCACCUCAUUGCACUGUGGCAGAAGAAGCAGCUGCGAUUGCGACAAAAUAUGAUUUUUGCCACGAUUAAGGUCGUCAAAGAUUGGGAUUUCGAUCAAUUUGUCGCCAUGGGCCCGGAGCAGAGGAAUGCAAUCCGCAGAGCGCUCAAUGACGAUGCGGAUAAACUCAUUGCUGAAGGUGAUCCAAAUGAUCCGCAAUUGCGACGUCUUCGCCGGGAAAUGGAUGAAGUUAAUGCGAUCUUCGAUGAGUUUGAGAAGCGCGCAAGGGCUGAAGAGGAAAGCAAACAGGCAAGUCAGCGCUUCCUUGAGCAAUGUAUUGCCAUUAAGACGAAUCUGGAAUCACUGGCACGUGAGCUGGAGCAUAUUAUUUCCAGCCCAUUGCCACGUGAUCGUGAUAGUUUGGAGUAUGCAAAACGCAUUCAUGGGGACUUUGAGGUGCGCCUAGCGCAGGAAGAGGUGCCAAUUAAGCGAUUCCAAGAGACAUUCCGCAAUAUCCCCCUGAAGACGCCGGCGCUCAAGAAGAGUCUCGAUAAUCUCCUUGAUUUGUGGAAUGAGAUUAAUUCACAGAGUAAACUCCAUGGACAACGUCUCAAAUUGCUCGAAGAGGGUCUCAUGGAGUUGGAGAUUAAUGAGCACGUCUACGAGGAAGUUGAUGCAGAUUUGGCCAACUUCAGUGUGGUUCCCAAUCGCCUUGAGGAGCUUCGGGAUGUGCUGCAGCGUCUGCACAAGUUGCGCUCUGUGGUGUCAGCACAGCAAUUCCACAUUGAUAAAAUGAACACAGCAGUGGAUCAGCUGGGACGCAUGGGGGUACCCACGAAAGUUGUGGGUGAUCUCAAACGUAUACAUUCCACAGUUGAGCACUUCAAUGUCAAAUGGAAUAAUCUGGAGCGUAAAUUGGAUGCCAGAAUCCGUGAAUGUGAAUCCGCACAGAGCUUCAUGACGAAUCUCCGGUCGAGUCAGGUGAAGGAGGAAACAUGGAUCGAUGGCGCCACAGAGGAGCUUAUGGCAAUGCCACCACCAACAUCAGCUCAAGAACUCGAUCAAGCGAUCUUUGAGAAAUAUUCCGUGUGUGAGGAUGAGCUUGGGAAGCAAUUGGAAUGGAUUGGCUCUGUGGAGGCGAAACUGGCCAAUAUUGGUGGACCAUCGGACGUCGAAGAGGGUAUUCGUCAUCAAAUUAAUACGCUCAAUGUCAUCAAAGAUGAGAUUGAUUCCCAUUCGCGUGUUGUUGUCACAUGCUUGGAGCAGGUGAGACAUAUUUCCCUAACGGGUGGUGAUGCAUUUAGUGCCCCCGAAGUGGCGAGUCUCGAACGUCGUGGGAAUGAACUUAAAAUGCGUGUUGAUCGUGCCAAUGAGAUUUGCUAUAAAUUUUCCAAGAAGAUUAUCUACCUCCGUGAUGAGCUUGUACGUCUCCGUACGGAGCUUUCGGGCUUCUCGUCGUGGCUCACUGGGGCACGGCGUACGUUGGAGGAGAAGGAGAAGAGUUUGCACCAAUUGCGCAUUGUCCCAUCGAAUCAGGACAAUAUUAGGGACUUUGUGAGUGAUGUAAUUGCCCAUCAGGCUGAUUUGCGCUUCAUUACGAUCAGUGUGCAAAAGUAUUUUGAUGAUAAAGCUGAAUUUUUGCACUAUCUCAAUGAUUUCCGUACAACGUUGCCAAAUAGAUUGUCGCACGUUGAGCAAAUUGUCAAUAGCCCCAUUGAGCAGGAUUUGCAGCAGGUUACAGUGCAGUACAAGGAGUUGUUGUCGAGGGUUAAUCACCUGCAGGAUGCAAUGCAGACACUUGGGAAUAGGCAUAGGGAGUACAAUGAUAGCGUUGAAGUGGCUAAGAAGUGGUUGACGGAGAUUCAGCCGAGGGUUGAUGGGGUUCUUGCGGAGCCACCAAGUAGUGAUCCGGUGAUCAUUCAGAGUCAAAUGAGUCAAACAAAGGUGCUUCACAGUGAGGUUGUGUCCAAUGGGCGUCUCAUUGAUAAUGCUCAGCAGACGUUGGAGGCACUCGUGCGGGUGCUGCCGAAGAAUACGAGUAGCUUGGAGAUUCAAUCGUUGGAGAUGCCCGUGAGGAAUUUACGUGAUCGCUAUGAGAAGCUAAAGGGGAGCUUGACAAAUCGCGCAAAUGCCCUCGAGAAGAUUCUCAUUCAGACCCAAAGUGUGCAGGGAACGUUGGAUAAACUCGUGGGGUUGGUGCUGCAGGCUGAGGAGCAAUUUAAGCACCACUGGCGACCGGCUUCGUUGAUAAAGGAACAACUUUUGGAUCAAAUUCGCGAGAAUAAAGCCUUCCUGCAGACUUUGGAGUCACACAGGGGCAGUAUAAGUAGCUUCAAGAUGAGCGGGGAUGUGCCAAAGGUGAUGAUUAAUAAGCUCCAGGAGGCAAAGGUGAAAUUUGAGCAGCUUCAUGAUCGCGCAAUUGAGCACGGGGACUUCCUGGAGAAGACUCUUGGGGAGUUGAAUAAAUUUAAUAAUGAAUUUGGGGCGCUUGAGAAGGAAAUUUUGAAUUUGCAAGAAAACGUUGAGGGGGCGGAAUUUAACUACCUCCCAGCGGAAUAUAUGAAUCACAUGCAAGAGAUUCUCAAUACAAAACAACAAAUUGAACCAAUGUUCCACAAUUGCACGCAACUCGGGAAGGAUCUCAUCUCAAAGAGGGAUGUUACGAAUACGGGUGUUGUGCGUGAUCAGGUGAAACAUUUGGAGAAUUUGUGGAAGAAUCUCGUUGUUACAACGACGGAAAAAUCGAACCUUUACAAGCAAAAGUCCGAGCAUUUGAACACGUACAAUAAGCUGCGGGAUCAAGUCCGGGCGUGGCUUGAGAGCUUCGAGCAACGCAUCAAUAAACUCUCUCCCGUUUCCGUUGAUCACGACGUCAUUCAGCAUCAAGUGGAUGAGACGCAGGCCAUUGUGCGUGAGCAUCGUGACUACGGUGUGACAAUUGAUAAACUAAAUGAUCUUGGAGCGCAAUAUGAUUCACUAAUUCGCGCCGAAAUUGCUGAUAAGCAGCGAACAGCUCAGAGUGGAACGGCAAAGAAGAUCUCCGUGACGAGUAUUCGUCGACAAUCGAUCGACGUUCAAUCCGGAAGAGUCAGCGAGACGACCCCAAUUCAAAUUCAACUUUCCGAAAUCAAUAAUCGCUACAACAUGGCCGGAGUAAGGCUAAGCGAUCGCCAAAAUGAGCUUGAAUCCCUUCGUGAUGAGAUUCGCCGGCACAGGGAUAACAUGAAGAAUCUCAAUGGGUUCCUGGAUAAAGUUCAAAAGCGCAUCCCCAAGGAGACAAUUGAUUCCAACGUCGAAGCGGAGAAAUGCAUCAAUCAGUGCCGGAAGAUCCUCGAAGAGAUGUACGAGAAGCAAAAUCUCUUGGAUUCCGCAAAGGUCAUGGUGAAGAAUCUUGCUGUGAAGAAGAGUCAAUCCCCUGGGGUUGAAGUGCUCAAGAAUGAGCUUGAUGGCGUCUGUCAGCGUUGGAAGGUGCUCAGUGAUCUGUGCAAGGAGAAAAUUGCAAUGUCGGAGCAAUUGAAGGACUUCCUGGACACGCACAACAAUCUCCACGGGUGGCUUCUUGGCAAGGAACGUAUGCUAACUGUCCUUGGGCCAAUCUCCUCCGAUCCACGAAUGGUUAAGACUCAAGUGCAGCAAGUUCAGGUGCUGCGUGAAGAUUUCCGCACGCAACUCCCGCAAUUGAAUCAUCUUCAGAAUGUUGGGAAAGGGCUUCAGCAGCACUUUGAAGUGAAAUCCCCAGAGUAUGAGCUCGUAACAGCUCGCCUCAAUGCGCUACAGAAUAAAUGGGAUGACCUCUAUGGGCAACUCAAUGAGCGUGCCAAUAGCCUCGGAGCAGCAGCCAAUACAACAAAGGAGUUCGAUGCAGGACUCAGUCGCCUCCGGGAAUCCCUUCGGCAGAUCAACGACAAUCUCGACACCCUUCCCUAUGAUAUGGACAAGGAUGAACUUCUCCGGAAGAUUGAUAACCUCGGGAGGCAGCUUGAGGGACAACGACCCCUCCUUGCGGACGCCGAAGCAGCUGCGGCGAAUCUCUGUGAAGUCCUCGAAGAUCCCAAUUCCCGCGCUGAUGUGAACAAUCGCGUUGCCGAGUUGGCAAAGCAAUACGAAACGCUGCAGAAGAAGCUCGAUAAUCGUCGUGCUGAAGCCGAACGGGCACUGCGUGAAGGAAGACAACUUGCGGAGAAUUGUGCUCGUAUCCUUGGAUGGCUAUCCGGGGAAGCGAGUGGCCUCACGGAUAAACUCCUCGUAUCGGCACAUCGUCCAACGCUUCAGCAUCAAAUUGACACGCACGAACCCGUUUAUCAUGAAAUAAUGGCGCGUGAGCACGAGGUGCGCAUGCUCAUCAACAGAGGGCGUGACAUCCAGGACAAUCGUGUCAAUGAUCCCAAUCUUCAGCGAGAUCUCGAUAAGAUCUCCACUCAGUGGGAUCGUGUAAAGCGCGACGUCGUCGAUCGGCACACACGCCUCCAGACGUGCAUGGAGCACUGUAAGCAGUACCACGCAGGGGCGCAGAACUUCCAGAAUUGGCUACGAGCAGCCGAGGAGAAAUUAAGUGCAAUUAAGUUGGGUGUGCUGAAGAAAGCACAACUCGAUCAUCAGCUGAAGGAGCUCAAUGUGCUCCGUAGUGAGGUGUGGAAGAAGAGUGGAGAGUAUGAGAUUCUCAAGGGGAUGGGCAAUACCUUCCUAUCGGCGUGCGAUGUUGACAAGGAACCCGUUCAGGGGGAAUUGCAGAGCAUCAAAUCACGCUGGGAGAAGCUAAAUGCCGAUCUAAAUGCGAAGAAUCAACUCUUUGACACGUACCUGAAGAAGUUGGGUGAUUUCCAGGAUGAUUUGAGGAAUUUGGAUCAGAAUACAAGGAGAUGCGAGGAUAGAUUGGGUGCCUUUGAUGCCUUGGGUGGUGCUUCCAAGGAUCCCAAGUUGAUCGAUAGGAUUUCAACGAUCAUUGCCGAUACGGAGAGUCUCGUUAAGCCACUUAAAGCCCUCCAGGCGGAUUCGAGGAAUAUUUCACGUGAAGUUGUUGACGUUGGUGGGAAUGCGGAUCAUUUGAUAAGUGAUGUUGAUGCCAUUGGGGAUCGUAUUGAUGAUCUUCACGCGAAGCUGGGUGAUCGUUUUGAUGAGCUCAAGUCCGCUGCAUUGAUUUCAUCGCAACUCAAUGAACGCAUUAAGGGUUUCAGUGUGGAUUUAUCUGAGAUUGAGGGACGUGUUAAUAAUCUUCAACCACCAGCGCGGGAGAUUCCGGCUGUUAAGCAGCAACUGCAUGAAGAUGCGAAUCUUCAGGGACGGAUUCAGGACUUGACGGAGGCAAUUGGGGAGAUUCAUGACACGGUGAAGGCAAAUUAUGAGUCAAGCUUCUCAAUUGAUGCCAUGCAGACGCGUGAGCAGAUUAGUGGUUUCCUGAGGACGUUGGAUAAGGCGAGGAAUCAGGUGCGUGUCCAUGAGGAUUCCCUGCAUCGUACUUUGGGAUCAUUGGAGCACUUCUACAAUGUCUAUGGGAGUGUGACGACGGUGCUGAAGAAUGUUGAUGGGCAGAUUAGGGCGCUGAAGGCGAUUAGUUCGGAUUUGGAGCAGAUUCGGGUGCAACAUGAGGAAUUCAAGGCUUUUACGCGGAAGACAAUUACUCCGUUGAAUAAUGAUGUCGUUGAGUGCAAUCAACUUGGGCAGGAACUUAUCCGUUCAGCGCACGGAGGGGUAUCAACGCAGGUGCUGGAGAAGGAUUUGGAGAAGUUGAAUGAGUUGUGGAAUAGUAUCAAGGUUAAGUGGAAUGAGCGUGAGAGGAGAAUUGAUUUGGGUUUGUUGCAAUCCGGGAAGUUCCAGGAGGCUCUCGAUGGGUUGUCCAAGUGGAUGGCGGACACGGAAGAGAUGGUGGCGAAUCAGAAGCCCCCAAGUGCUGACUACAAAGUGGUCAAGGCGCAGCUGCAGGAGCAGAAAUUCCUCACAAAGAUGCUCCUUGACAGGCAGAAUUCCAUGACGUCGCUGUUUAAUCUUGGACAGGAAGUCAUUCAGGGCUGUGAUCCAGCUGAGGUGAACUCAAUUCAGCGACAGCUGAAGGAUCUUCAGGUGCGCUUUGAUAAUUUGCAAAAUGUCGCGCAGACAAGGACGCUGGAUCUGGAGGAAGCAAUGCGGAUGGCAAAGAAGUUUCAUGAGAAGAUUGUUCCGCUGUCGCAGUGGCUGAAUGAUGCUGAACGGGCUGUUAAGAGGAUGGAAUUUGUACCAACGGAUGAGGAAUUGAUACAUCAGCGUAUCCGGGAGCAUGAUAAGUUGCACGAGGAGAUCCUUGGGAAGCAGCGAGACUUUACGGAACUCACGGAUAUUGCGGCGCAACUGAUGAAUCUCGUUGGGGAGGAUGAAGGUGUGAUCUUGAGUGAUAAAGUGAAGAAUAUCACAGACAGGUACACCGGCCUUGUGGAUGCCAGUGAGAAUAUUGGGAAUGUCUUGUCGGCCAGUAAGCAGGGCCUGAGGAAUUUGGUGUUGUCGUAUCAGGAUGUUGUUGAGUGGAUGGAGGGUGUUGAGGGGAAGUUGCAUCAGUACAAGGUUGUCCCAGUGCAAGCGGACGCCAUCCUGGAGCAAAUGCACAACCUCGUGGAGAUCAAUGAAGAUGUGGCCAAUCAUGCGCCUCAGAUUGAAGCGAUUGUUGAUACAGGAGCUGAACUAAUGAAGCACAUUACGUCCGAUGAAGCGCUUCAGCUGAAGGAUAAACUCGAUUCCCUGCAACGUCGCUACGGGGAUAUUGUUAAUCGUGGCAGUGAUCUCCUGAAGCACACACAGGAAGCCCUCCCGCUCGUGCAGCAAUUCAACGAGGCCCAUCAACGUCUUGUCGAAUGGAUGCAAGACACGGAGAAUAUUCUCGUGGCCACAGAUAUCUCGGAACCAGAACUCUUCCGCAUGGAAGGUGAGAUCCCGCAAAUGCGUCAAGUCCUUGAGACAAUCAACAGCACGGGGCCACAACUGAGUGCCCUUUCCCCCGGCGAAGGGGCUGUGACAAUUGAGAGUCUCGUUGCACGGGACAAUCGUCGUUUUGACGGGAUUGUCGAUCAGAUUCAACGUCGCGCUGAACGGCUGCAACUCAGUAAGCAACGUUCCAAGGAAGUUCGGAAUGAUGUUGAUGAACUCCUCGAGUGGUUCCGUGAUAUGGAAGCAAAUCUCCGGGAUGCUGAUGCACCAGCACUCGAUCCACGUAUCGUUCGUACCCAAAUGUCAGAUCAUCGCAAGGUGAAUGAUGAGAUUUCAAGUCAACGCGGUAGGGUACGUGAUGCCCUUGCAGCUGGGAAGCGCGUUAUCCGAGACUUCCAACCGAAUCAGGCAGAUUUGGAGCUCAAAGAGAAGCUGGAGGAUCUUAAGGAUCUCGUUGAGACGGUUGUGGGGCUCAGUUCAGACCGGCUAAGCUGCUUGGAUCAAGUCCUUUCGCUCUCAGAACACUUUGCGGACACACACAACACUCUAAUGACGUGGAUGGAUGAUCUGGAGUUGAAGAUCUCCAACCUCGGGCUUCCGGCAAUUCGUUCAGAUCAAAUUGCCAUUCAGCAGGAUACAAAUGAGCGUCUCCUGCAAUCUGUACUCGAUCACAAACCCCUCCUGAGUAAGCAGAACAAAACAGGCGAGACCCUCGGGACGCUCGUCCGUGAGGAAGACGUCGAGAAGGUCUAUGAGAUCCUCGAGGAGGAGAAUGCUCGCUACGCAGCCCUCAAGAAUGAACUCCUAAAUCGUCAGCAUGCCCUUGAGCAGGCAAUGCAGGAAUCAAGUCAAUUCGCAGACAAAAUUGACGGAAUGCUCCGUGCUCUGGCCAAUACGAGUGAUCAGGUGAAUCAGGCUGAACCAAUUUCAGCGCAUCCCCCGAAAAUCCGCGAACAAAUUGCCGACAACAAAGUCCUCAAGAAUGAUUUGGACAAUCGCAGCAAUGCCUUUGGGAUUGUACAAAAGAUUGCAGCAGAUGUCAUCAACAAAGCACCCAACAAGAGUGAUCCCGUUGUCAAGGAUAUCAGCAAGAAGCUGGAUAAACUAACAAAACUCUGGGAUGAUGUUCAAACGAAGAUCAAUAAGCGUGGCAAUGCCCUCGAUGAUACGUUCAAAGUUGCCCAACAAUUCUGGGAGAAUCUCAAAUCAACAAUGGAUGCCCUCAAGGAUCUCCAGGAGAAUCUGAAGUCUCUCGAGGCACCAGCAGCACAACCUCAGGAGAUUCAGAAGCAACAAGUUGCCCUUCAGGAAAUCCGAUACGACAUUGACAAGACAAAACCACGCGUGGAAGAUGUUCGUCAAACGGGUAACAAACUCAUGUCGCUCUGCGGAGAACCGGAGAAGCCCGAAGUGAAGAAACACAUUGAAGAUCUCGAUCGGGCAUGGGACAACAUCACUGUUCUCUAUGCUAAGCGUGAGGAGAACCUCAUUGAUGCCAUGGAGAAGGCAAUGGAGUUCUAUGAUACACUGAAGAGUGUAACGGACUUCUUGGAUGAGUAUGAAGAGAAAUUCCGUAAAUUGGGUCCAAUUGGGACAGAUGUGGAUGCAGUUAAGAAGCAAAUUGAGCAGUUGAAGACAUUCAAGAAUCACGUUGAUCCGUACAUGGUGAAGAUUGAUUCACUCAAUCGUCAGGCGAUGGAGUUGACAGAGAAGACAGGUACGGAGCAGGCUCAAUCGAUUCGUGAUCUGUUGAAUGGGGUGAACAGGCGGUGGGAGACUCUGCUGCACAAUAUGGUGGAGAGACAGAAAAACUUGGAGCAUGCUCUGUUGCAUCUUGGACAAUUCCAGCAUGCGCUGAAUGAGUUGUUGGUAUGGAUUGAGCGUACAACGGAUACAUUGGAUCAGUUGAAACCCGUUCUGGGUGAUCCGCAGCUGAUUGAAGUUGAAUUGGCCAAGUUGAAGAUUGUUGCAAAUGACAUUCAGGCGCACAAGAGUUCUGUGGAUACACUCAAUGAUGCCGGAAGGCAGUUGAUUGAGAGCAACAAGGCUUCGCAUGAGGCGUCCACAACAAAGGAUAAACUGUCAACGCUCAAUAGGAAAUGGUCGAACUUGCUGCAGAAGGCAUCAGAUCGUCAACAUGAACUAGAGGAAUACCUCAAGGAGGCACAGCGCUACUUUGCCGAUGUUCAGGAUAUGUUGGGCUACCUUGGUGAUGUGGAUGCCGUGAUUGGAGCAAGUAAGCCCGUUGGGGGACUUCCGGAGACAUCGUCAGAGCAACUUCAGCGCUUCAUGGAAGUCUUCAAUGAGCUCGAACAGACAAGACCGAAAGUUGAGACGCUCCUUUCGCAGGGUCGUGAAUACGUGCAGAAGCAGAAUGAACUGAAGGUCCCAUCGAAUAAUCUGCAGCACGUUCUGCGGACACUCAAACAACGCUGGGAUGCCAUCUUGGCGCGUGCAUCUGAUAAGAAAAUCAAACUGGAGAUUGCUCUGAAGGAAGCAACAGAAUUCCACGAUGCGCUCCAACAAUUCAAUGAAUGGCUAACAAAGACGGAGAAGACAAUUCAGAACUUGGGUCCUGUUUCGCGUGUUCUGGAGACAAUUCAGCGUCAAAUGGAGGAACACAAGGAGUUGCAGAAGGAUGUUUCCAAUCAUCGGGAGACAAUGCUCUUGCUGGACAAGAAGGGAACGCACCUGAAGUACUUUAGUCAGAAGCAGGAUGUGAUUCUCAUUAAGAAUCUCCUUGUUUCCGUUCAACAUCGCUGGGAGAGAGUUGUUGCAAAGACAUCUGAGCGAACACGUGCCCUUGAUCAUGGCUACAAAGAGGCUCAGGAAUUCUACGAUGCCUGGUUUAGUCUUGUGCAGUACCUCAGGGAAGCUGAUGAGGCCAUUAAUGUGCUAACGGCAGAUCUGGCCACGGCUAAGAAGCCAACAAAUGCCAAGAAGUGCCUUGAACGUCUUCAGGAGAUCCAAAGGAAUGUCUCACAGCGUCAAGGGCAGUACGAUACGGUUAUGCGUAAUGGGAAGCAACUCAAGGAGCGUGCACCGAAGAGCGAUGAACCGGCUUUGACGAAAAUGUUGGCAGAACUCAAGGAGCUCUGGACGCGUGUUUGUUCCGUCUUGACUGAUCGUCAACGGAAGUUGGAGGAGACUCUCCUGCUAUCAGGACAGUUCUCCGAAGCCCUUCAUGCACUCCUUGAGUGGCUCCGAAAGUCCAAGGCCAAACUUUCCAGCGACACUCCACUCUACGGGGAUUUGGACACCGUUAGCAAGCUCAUUGAUGCCCACAAUGCCCUCAAGAGUGAACUCAAUAGCCGUUCAACGCAGAUGCAGAGUGUCCUGAAGACAGGACGUCAACUGGAGGCAACUGCCGAUACGCGCGACAUUUCUGGGAAUCUCACUGAGCUUCAGAGUCUCUGGGAUGAUGUGCAGGAUCUAGCAAGGGCAAGGAGUGCUAAGCUAGAGGAUGCUCAACGUGAGGCUGAGAAGCUACACAAGAACGUGCAUAUGCUGCUUGAAUGGUUGGGUGAGGCAGAGCAGAAGCUUCGCUUUGCAUCAGCUCCCAACAAUGAAGCUCAGAGUUUGGAGCUUUUGCGUGAAAGUGAAUCCUUCCUGCGUGAAUUGCGUGAGCAGGAGAUCAACAAGAGGGAUACGCUGGACUUGGCACACAGGAUCCUUGCCAAGGCACAUCCGGAAGCAAUUCCGAUAAUAAAGAAUUGGAUAACAAUCAUUGAAUCCCGCUGGGAUGAGGUACUUCAGUGGGCACGAGGACGCAAAGAUAAGCUCGAGACGUACCUCAAGUCCCUCAAGGAUCUCGAUGAGACCAUUGAUAGUCUCCUUGCGUGGUUGCGCAGCUUGGAGAAUCGUCUCCUUGAGCUGCAACAUGAACCACUUCCGGAUGAAAUUCCACCGCUUGAGCGUCUAAUUGAGGAGCACAAAGUCUUCAUGGAGAGUAUUGCGGCACGUCAGCAGGAGGUUGAGGUUGUUUGUAAGCCGAAGCCGACAACAAUUCAGGAUGCAAGGAAACAAUCACGCGGGCGCUUGGCUAAGUCAAGUCAGAGUCGCGAUCAGACACCUGAGAAGGAUCGUCUGCCGCACAUUGGGCCACGUUUCCUCACGAGUUCGGCUGAUAUGCAAUUCCGUUCACCACGCGCUCAGACACUGUGGGAGCAAUGGAGGAUAGUGUGGCAGAUGUGCUGGGAACGACAGAAGCGUCUUCAUGAUCAUCUGCUGUACCUUCAGGAUGUUGAGCGUGUGAAGCAGUUCAGUUGGGACGAGUGGAGGAAGCGCUUCCUCAAAUACAACAAUCACAAGAAGUCCCGAUUGACGGAUUUGUUCAGGAAGAUGGAUAAGGAUAACAAUGGGCUCAUCCCACGGGAUGUCUUCAUUGAUGGAAUUAUCUCAACAAAAUUCCCAACGAGUCGCCUGGAAAUGGAAACUGUUGCCGAUCUCUUUGAUCGCAAUGGUGAAGGACUCAUCGAUUGGCAGGAAUUCAUUGCAGCUCUCCGUCCGGAUUGGCAAGAAAGGAAACCCGCCACGGAUUCCGAUAAGAUUCACGAUGAAGUGAAGCGUCUUGUGAUGCUCUGUACGUGCCGACAGAAGUUCCGUGUCUUCCAAGUUGGCGAAGGGAAAUAUCGCUUUGGAGACUCACAGAAGUUGCGCCUUGUACGAAUCCUCCGUAGUACUGUGAUGGUACGCGUAGGAGGAGGCUGGGUGGCUCUCGAUGAGUUCUUGGUGAAGAAUGAUCCAUGCAGAGUUGAUGAACAUUUGGCGGAGUUGAUGCCAAUUUUUGAGAGAUUGAGGGCACAAGAGCAAGUCCCGUGCGCAUUUCCACUUCACAUGGGCGCCGGUGGGACGCUCUUCCUGCGGGGAGACGCCUGGAGUACGUCUCUCAGCCCACACGCACCCCACUGUCAUCCAUCAACACACUGGAUUCGAGAAAGGUCCCAACGUUCCGUGGCAAUGUCACGCCCAACAAGAUCAUCCCUGUCUGCGUCGACUCCUGAUUCAUUGAGUGACAAUGAGAGCUCUUCUGGUAUUGGAAGGCGCUUCUCGGCACGAACAACGCCGUCUCUGAGUAGAACUCCGGGAUCGAGGGAAGCCUCCAAACCUGGUUCAAGACCAUCAAGCCGUCCAGGAUCAAAGCCACCAUCGCGGCAGGGAUCUCAACUUUCACUCGAUGGAUCUGAUGAUGCAACACCGUCGAGGAUUCCACAGAGACAAACACCAACCUCAUCCUAUCCGAGGGUAUCACGCUUUGGUGGAACAUCUACGCCAAAAUCCAAUGGAACACCCCUAUUGAGCCCCUCAGAAAGGCAACCUUUCCAUUUGUCCUCGACGCCGCCACGUUCGAGCGUCGACCGACUUUCGACGGCGUCCUCGACCAAACGGACGACCACUACAGCGUCCUCGAGUCAGUCAACAACGAAACGAUAAGAAAACAAAACAAAGAGAGAUGAUCGCAGGAACAACGAACGAGAGAGAGAAGAGAGAGCUCAAGAUGAGCGUAGCUGGCAAAAAAAAGACACUAAACGAGUUUUUUUUUCUUUAAAAAAAAUUAAUUAAGGAGAGCAAAGAAACUAAUCCUUUUCUCAAAACUAAAACAACAAAAAAAUGAAACAAUCGUAUUAAGUGCUCCACCCCCGGCACAAGAGGGGGGAAAGGGAGCCUCCUCUAACACAACCAUCCCUAAAUCACAAAUUCAUCUCUUUAUUAUUACGUUGUAUCUCCUAAUUUAACCACCAAAAUUCCUCAAUCACUACAACACCCACACACAACUCAUCCAACGAAUUAUUUUUAAGGUUUGCGCAGCUUUGGAACCUUUUGUGAAAGAGAGAAAAAAAUCCUUUUUAUUUAGGUUCCUCCGCUCGAGGUAUUUUACUAUUUUUUUUCUUUAAUUUAUGAGAAAAUUUUUUCUUUAUCGCACAUGAAGGAUUUUUUUAUUUAAAAAAACAAAUAAUUUCCUUCUAAAUCACUGAAUUUUAGAAUGAAGAUAAGAAAAAAAAUCACUUUUAAGAUAUUUUAGAAUGAAAAGAAAUCUAUAAAUAUUCGAGGAAAAUUGUCAAUAGAACCAAAUUUUAUCUCUGCAAAUUCCCCUCAAACCCUAAAAAAAAGAAAGAAAAGUGAAGAUAAAGAAAAGAUAUAAAAAAAAGUAAUUUAAUCAAGACACCUUAACGUGUUCCUAAAACGACUUAACAAAUUAUUUUACUUUUUUUAAUUCCUUUAAAAAAAAUGUUUUUUGAAUUCAUACCAAAAGUUAUUUGCAAAAUAAUUCAAUGCGACAAGCGCAAAAAAUAUUAAUUAAUAAUAAAAGUUUAUAUAAAAAAAUCUUUUUUAUAUUUGAGAGAAAAAAAUGUGAAGAGUGGAAAUUUAAUAAUAUUAAAAAAAAAUUAUUGAAAAGAAUUAUAAAGCAAAUAUUAAUGAAAAAAAAGUUUAAUAAUAUAAUAAAAAAAUGAAAUUCUUUAAAA